AUGGAAUCUCCAGCUUGGAUACCACAGGAAGUGCAGUCUUCAACAUCUCAAGCCUCUGCUUGUAGUCCUCCUGUUGGAACAGCAGGUAUGGGCCCUUCGACCCCAACUGCUGCUCCUGUUAUGAGUACUCCUACUUCAAAGGGUGAAAGUGGUACUGCAAGUGACUCUAUGCCAGAAUCUGCCCAAGCAAAAUUUGCUAAUGCAUCUGGCAUUGGUAUCCCACUGCCUUCAUUUUCAUACAAUGUGCUUGCAAAUGCUAACUCUAGUUUGGGACACACUCAGCAAUCAUCAUCCAGUCCUGUUAUAAAGUCAAACUCACCAGGUUCUUUAGCGUUUCUCCAACCCCCUGUUCCUGGCCUGUCUUCAAGUGUUGGUCCCUCAUUUUCAUAUUACGUUUCACAUGCUGGUGCUGGUUCAGCUAGUGGCCAGCAAUUACAGUCUAGCAUGCCCAUUGCUUCAGGUCAUUCUCAAGGGGGAAAGAACACUCCAUCUUCUGCAGCAUCCUUACAACCUCCUGUUCCGGGGCAUUUUGCUCGUUCUAAUUCAUUUGUACCUGGAACAGCUGCACAGAUCAUGCCAUCCCUUGUCCCAGCACCUGCUGCAGUCCCUCAAGGAGCUCCAUCAAAUAGUGUGAACUUUUCUUUUAGUGGAAAUUCUCAGUCUAUGCAGAAAGAUCAGUCCUUGAAAUCCAACAUGACAGCUGGUAUUCCACAAGAAACCCGCAGCAUAUUAUCUGCACCAUCUACUUCUCAGUCUGUUUCUCAGACUGCUCAUGCAAGUUCUAGUUCUGCAACAACUGUGUCUACUCGUCCAGAAACUAUAUGGAUGCCUAAUGCCUCUUCGUUUCAAGUGCCUCCCGGAAUGUCUGGAACUCCUGUAAUGCCUGGCCCCCCUGGAAUAGCCCCUCCUUCUAUACCUUUUCCAUCCAAUGUCACUUUCCCGUCGGCAUUGAUGGAUUCUUCAUCUUCUGCAGUCGUAAGACCCAUCAUGCCAACUGCUUCUGUUUCAUCCAAUUCAGCUGUUCAGCAGCAAGCUUAUCCUCCCUAUCCUUCUGUACCUCCUUUGGCCGCUCCCCCUCAGGGACUAUGGUUACAGCCCUCCCUGAUUGGUGGCUUGCAAAGACCAGCAUAUUUACCAUAUCCUGCUUCUUUUCCCGGCCCAUUUCUCUCAGCAGCUCAUGGCACACCACUUCCUUCUGUUGCAUUGCCUGAUUCUCAACCUCCUGGUGUCAAUUCUGUGGGGCCUCCUGGUGGUACCCCCACUUCUUCUGCAGCUUCUAAUAUAAUUAAUUCAGGGACACAGCCAGAAUUAUUCCGUGGUGCUGGUAAUAGUACACUUGUCAAUGAUGGCAUCAAUGAUGGGGCAGUGGUUGGUGAACAAUUGGAUGCCUGGACAGCCCACUGGUCUGAAACAGGAGCUGUAUACUAUUAUAAUGCUUUGACGGGAGAAUCUACUUAUGAGAAACCUGCUGGGUUUAAGAGAGAGCCUGAUAAAGUAACUGCUCAGCCAACUCCAGUUUCAUGGAUGUUAUUGGUCAUUGGAUUAAGAGUGGGCUUCUGUUUUGGCUUAAGUGCGGGCUUAGUUUUAGAUGAGUUUAUGAGACUGAAUAUGAAUGUAGAUCAGCUGGGGUUGGAGUGCAUGGAGUUGAGGCUCUAA